AUGGUACGCAGCAUCAUCUGGAUAGUGGACAUGACACACCGGUUCCGUAGAGACCUGACCAAGAGUGACGCAGAGGCCAAGAUGUCCAAACAGAAGUUACAGCAGAGGAUGAAAGAACAGUACGUGGAUAUUAGUUCCAAAAAGCAAUGGGUGGAAUGCCGUCCUGGGCAGAGACAAAAGUCAAGAAAGAGAAUAAGAAAAAAAGAUGACUCUGAUGAUGAGGAUGGAGAUGACCUGAUGAGGAAGACGGGCAACUUUGUGGGCUCAUCCGACAGUCUUCCCAAAGGAAUCAUACGGAUGAAGAAGUGCCUACACGCCAACAACGACCGGCCAUCUGAGGACCGGCUGACCACGGCGCAGUUCCACCCCUCCGCCCAGGUUGUCAUGACGGCAGGGCUCGACCAGUCCAUCUCUCUGUUCCAGGUUGAUGGAAAGACCAACCCUAAGAUUCAGACUAUUCACCUGGAGAAGUUCCCGGUGCACAAGGCCCAGUUCAGUGUGGACGGGGAGCAGGUGGUGGCCACCAGUUUCAGGAACAAGCUGUUUUACAUCUACGACAUGAUGGAGGGCAAGGUCAUCCCAGUCCACACUGUCAGAGACCUGAGGGAACAGAGAGUGAAAGAGUUUGAAGUCUCCCCUGAUGGAGAAUCCCUCCUUCUCACUGGCACCUCCGGAUACCUCCACGUGUUAACAAUGAAGACAAAGGAGGUAGUGAACAGCAUGAAGAUCAACGGAAACAUCGCAGGAGUGGCUUUCUCCCACGACGGCAGCAAAGUCUUCACCAAUUGUGAGGAGGGUGAGGUGUACAUAUGGGACAUGAGGAGCAGUAAAUGCCUGAACAGGUUCACAGAUGAUGGCUGUGUGAGUGGGACCUCCAUAGCUGCAUCCAAGAACGGACAGUAUCUUGCCUGCGGGUCAGCGGCAGGUGUGGUGAACGUGUACUCCCAGGAGGAGUGUAUGCGGCAGAACAACCCCAAGCCUCUGAAGACCAUCAUAAACCUGGUGACCUCCGCCACAUCUCUCUGCUUCAACCCCACCUCCGAGAUCCUGGCCAUCGCCUCCAGGGCUGACGACGAGGCUGCCCGAUUGGUUCAUAUCCCCAGCUUCACAGUGUUCUCCAACUUCCCCAUGUUCCAGAGAAAAACUAUGUACAGGGCCCACCGUCUGGACUUCUCCCCAAACAGCGGCUUCUUCUCCCUGGCCAACAACAAGGGCCAUGCCCCUCUCUUCAGGUUGUUGCAUUACAAAAACUUUUGAUGAAGAGCAUCCCAAGCUGGCUCGUAAUCAACAUCAAGACACCAAGCUCCCUCAAUAAAACUACCAUUGUCUUCAAGAAGACAUUUUACAAUGAAAAGGACUUGAAUUGAGAAAUCGGUUAUGCUUAUUACAUCUGAAAGUGUCACAGCAAGAUGCCAUGUCUUCGUUAUCCAUUUUUUUUCCCUUUCAAAUUUGAGUAAUUACAUUUUUUUUUUUAAGUGUUCUGUUUUCAAAAUGCACAUCUUGUAUAUUUCUUUCUGUAUACUUUAAGGUUUUACAAAUGUUUGUAUAGUGGAUAAAAUACAACUUAAUUUCCUUGAUACUUGGCUAUUAUAUUUUCUUCUGUUUCUAUAUAUCUUGGAGAACAAUAACAUUAUAGAUUGACUAUAAUGCUUAAACUAGUAUAGAAAAGCUGUCAAACUUGUAUGCACUUUAGCCCCAUUAGUCUAUUCUCUGUUGACCUGAGAAUCUGUUUGCUAAUAGCCACAACAAUGGAUUAGAACUAUUCACUGAAUUCCAGCUUGACCAAAGCUGACAUUUUAUGAGGAAGGCGCUCCUCUAAAUCUGAUAGUGUUUAUUCCACAUUUUGUUGUUACAGCCUUAAUUCUAAAUGGAUGUUUUCUUUUUUUUCUAACCAAUCUACACACAAUACCCCAUAAUGCCAAAGUGAAAACAUGUUUAUGAAAUUUUUGCAAAUGUAUUGAAAAUUAAAUGCAGCAAUAUCUCAUUUACAUAAGUAUUCACACCCCUUUGCUAUGACACUCCCAAUUGCACUCAGCUGCAGCUAAUUUCCUUUGAUCAUCCUUCAGCCAUGCUACAACUUGAUUAGAGUCCACCUGUGUUCAAUUCAAUUGUUUGGACAUGAUUGAGAAAGGAAAAACACCUGUCUACAUAAUGUCCCACAGUUGACAGUGCAUGUCAGAGCAGAAACUAUACCAUGACGUCUGAGGAACUGUCUGUAGAUCUCUGAGAGAAUUGUGACAAGGCAUAUCUGGGGAAGGGUAUAAAAAAUGUCUAGAGUGUUGAAAGUUUCCAAGAGCACAGUGGUCUCCAUCACUCGUAAAUUGCUAAAAUAUGGAACAACCCAGACUCUGCCUAGAGCUGGACCUCUGACCAAACUGAUGAAAAAAGUCAAGGGGUAUGAAUACUUUCUGAAGGAACAGCCUAUCUGACCCAGUUUAUCAGCAGACCAAGGCCAGAAAGGCACAUCAGAAAGUGAAGCUAAUAUAAACCCUUACUUUGCAUUCAUGCUUACAUUAUGGCUCAAAGAACAGUUUGCUUGAUGGUGCUAUUCGCACUGAAAUUGACAGCUUUUUUUUUUUACUCCACCAAAGGAACCUACCUCCCUGCUAAGCCACAGCUUUGAGAGAAACACCUACACAUACACCUACAGACCUCAAAUGAAUGACAGUCACAGCACCAUGUGUUACAUACUUUAGAUCCUCCUUUAGGACGUCAGUCAGGAUAGGCAGCAUUCCAACACCUACAUUUCUCAUUAGUAAAAGCACUGUGUCCUC